CUUCUUCAUUGACGGGCACCAUGGCCCCAUCGUGUGGCAGACCAAACUAAUCGAUCCACGCUUGACUUGUUCGCUCUCGGAUUUCCUGGUCAGAUGAGAGUACGGAAAACACGCCAACAAAACAUCAGUCUUACUUUCUGUAACACCCGAAGUCUGCUGUUAAUAUAACUUAAUCGGCAAGUGAUAGCACUGAGUAAAGGACUACAUUUCAGGUUAUCUGUGUGUUCUUCUUGUAUCCGUGGUUCAACAUGUCUGCGUCCGCUGGCGGUGCUGUCUCCCCGGGCUCGGCCCUCUCUCCCGGUCCCGCCGCGACUCCCGGCUCCGGUAUGUCCAUGUUCCGAUGGCUCGAGGUGCUGGAGAAGGAGUUUGACAAAGCGUUUGUGGACGUGGAUCUGUUGCUGGGAGAGAUCGACCCGGAUCAGGCUGACAUCACGUAUGAGGGCCGUCAGAAGAUGACCAGCCUCAGCUCGUGUUUUGCUCAGCUGUGUCAUAAAUCCCAAACCAUGUUUCAGCUCAACCAUAAACUAGAGGCUCAGCUGGUGGACCUGCGGUCAGAGCUGACAGAUGUCCAGGCUGAGAAGACUGUGGUGGAGAAGGAGGUUCACGAACAGCUUCUUCAGCUCCAUGCCAUGCAGCUCAAACUCCAAGCCAAAGGCGGACAGGCGGUCGACUCGGACUCCAUCAAGGACAGGAUGCCUGUUCCCUCAGUGGAGGACAAGGAGAAGGAACUGGAGGCCAGUAAGAAAGAGAAAGUGAAGGAGGCCAAGUUGGAGGCAGAGGUGAAGAUGUUGAAGAAAGAGAACGAGGCCCUCCGCAGGCACAUUGCAGUACUACAGGCCGAGGUGUACGGAGCCAGACUGGCAGCCAAGUAUCUGGACAAAGAGCUGGCUGGGAGGGUGCAACAGAUCCAGCUGCUCGGGCGAGACAUGAAAGGACCAGCUCAUGACAAGCUGUGGAACCAGCUUGAAGCUGAGAUUCACCUGCACCGCCACAAAACAGUGAUCCGAGCCUGCAGGGGGCGCAACGAUCCCAAAAAACCCUUGCCAUCCCCCGUGGGGCAUAACACAGAUUCUCUGAAAAAGACUCAGGGAGUUGGCCCUAUACGCAAAGUGGUUUUGACCAAAGAAGAUCAUGAAGGACUUGGCAUCUCUAUUACUGGCGGGAAAGAGCACGGCGUUCCCAUCCUCAUCUCUGAAAUCCACCCCACUCAGCCUGCAGAGCGCUGCGGAGGACUGCAUGUGGGAGAUGCCAUCUUAGCAGUCAACAACAUCAACCUGAGGGAUGCAAAGCACAAAGAGGCCGUCACCAUCCUCUCACAGCAGCGGGGAGAAAUUGAGUUCGAGGUGGUUUACGUGGCUCCAGAGGUGGACUCUGACGAUGAGAACGUGGAGUAUGAAGAUGACAGCGGACACCGCUACCGUCUGUACCUGGACGAGCUGGAGGAGGGAUCAGGAGCCAGUCACAGUAAUGGCACGGACCCCGCUUCCCUACAAGCUGUAGGGAAGCACUUAGUGAACAACAGAACAGAGAAUGGAGAUACUGCCUUGUCCAGUGAAAGUCUUUCAGAUGACAAGACCUCCAAGACCGCUGAGUCUGCAGAGAGUUCCUCCUAGAUCUCCAGACUCCAGAAGAGAUUAAGACUGCACUUGUAGAAUUAUGUAACAUACCAGAUCUUCUUGUUUUAUGCCGUUUGGAGAACAGACUGCUUCGACGUCCACUGGAGAUGGAUGAACCACUGAGAAACACUGAGGGAAGAGGACAUACUGUUACUCCGUGGACACAAAGGAUUGUUUGCAUAUGCACGUCACCAUCUUGGUCUGUUCUUGUAAAGUAACACUCGAGGGGACAAAAUGAAUAUUUACGUAGAUGAGUAAAGUGAUGGUAUACGAGUUUUGAUUCUUGACUUCCUCUUUUGUGUAACGCUCUGUUGUAGAGCUGAAAAUGAGCUCAAAUGUAGGGCUUUUACUUAAUGAUUCACACUUCUUCUACCGAAGCAGAUGGAUAUAGUAAUGAGUUACUGUUUGCUCAAAAUGUAUGCACGUUGUUUUUACUGUAACUUCUCUGUUUUAGCUUAGUGUGAUCCUGUUAUGCUCCAAAAAACGGGCCACGGGAUGAUGCUACUUCCUGUUUUGCACACAGGGUGGUCAGUAGGUGACGGGGACAGAAAUAGAAAUGACACGGCGUGAUUUACUAACAGUGCACAGUUCAAGAACAGAAGUGGAGAAGUGCCAUUUAGUUGAUCUAGAAUUAAUUUUGGGGUGAAGAGAUAUCCAGGUCACAUUUUACCUUAUAUAAAUACAAUAUAUAUAUUUUUUUCUUUUUUUACUUUUCUGUGGCAUUAUUUGUAAAAUACCCCUGACACACACACACACACACACCAAAAAUCAUUGUAAUGAUAAUUUGUUUUGUAUUUCAAGUUAAGGACAAACAUUACUCAAAUUAACAGUGACACUUACUUUUUCAAUAUUUAUUUCAACUAAAAAAAUGUAUACACAUCCACACAAUUUAAUUUUAAUAGAAAUUUUAAAUACUGAAAAGUGAAAUGUUACAGGUUAGUGUGCUUAUUUUUAUUUCUCAUCAAAAUUAUGGCACAAUGCAAAAUAUUAACAAUAAUAAUUAAUGGUACUAAAUUAAACAAUUUUCUAUAUCAAAAAAUAUAUUUUCAGGACAAUUACACAAAA